GCUGAGCUUCCUCGGCGGGCCCGGCCGCGGCGCUGGGCAUGCUCAGUGGGCCGGCCCCGGUAGAGCGGCGAGCGGCACAGGCACCAAGAUGUCCAACCGAGUCGUCUGCCGGGAAGCCAGCCACGCCGGGAGCUGGUACACCGCCUCAGGACCUCAGCUGAAUGCUCAGCUGGAAGGUUGGCUUUCACAAGUACAGUCUACGAAAAGACCUGCUAGAGCCAUUAUUGCACCCCAUGCAGGAUACACGUACUGUGGGUCUUGUGCUGCCCAUGCUUACAAACAAGUGGAUCCAUCUGUUACCCGGAGAAUUUUCAUCCUUGGGCCUUCCCAUCAUGUGCCCCUGUCUCGAUGUGCACUCUCCAGUGUGGAUAUAUAUAGGACUCCUCUGUAUGACCUUCGUAUUGACCAAAAGAUUUACGGAGAGCUAUGGAAAACAGGAAUGUUUGAACGAAUGUCUCUGCAGACAGAUGAAGAUGAACACAGUAUUGAAAUGCAUUUGCCUUAUACAGCUAAAGCCAUGGAAAGCCAUAAAGAUGAGUUUACCAUUAUUCCUGUACUGGUUGGAGCUCUGAGUGAGUCAAAAGAACAGGAAUUCGGAAAACUCUUCAGUAAAUAUCUAGCGGAUCCUAGUAAUCUCUUUGUGGUUUCUUCUGAUUUCUGCCACUGGGGUCAAAGGUUCCGUUACAGUUACUAUGAUGAAUCCCAGGGGGAGAUUUAUAGAUCCAUUGAACAUCUAGAUAAAAUGGGUAUGAGUAUUAUAGAACAAUUAGAUCCUGUAUCUUUUAGCAAUUAUUUGAAGAAAUAUCAUAAUACUAUAUGUGGAAGACAUCCCAUUGGGGUGUUAUUAAAUGCUAUCACAGAGCUUCAGAAGAACGGAAUGAAUAUGAGCUUUUCCUUUUUGAAUUAUGCCCAGUCGAGCCAGUGUAGAAGCUGGCAGGACAGUUCAGUCAGUUACGCAGCUGGAGCGCUCACGGUCCACUGAAGCUCCGCUCCUCAGGGACGCCACCUGCACAGACUCGGACUCUGUCCAGGGUCCAGCCUAGCCUUUACCAAGACGCUGGUUCUGGUGUGGGGGGAUUCUGAAACCUCAGACUAAUAGAACUCUCUUCUUCUUUUCUAGUAGGUGNAGUCCUCCUUAAUUUCAACUCAUUUUAAAAAUGCUUUCUAGUUUGAGGCAGUGGAAGGAAGGCUGGAAUCAAAAUAUCUGCUCAAUUGGCACACAGUGACUUGUAAAGCAUUUAGCAUACCUGAAAUUUGCACUCUUUGCAGACUCAUGCACAUAUAUUCCGCUUUCAGAAUAGUUUUGCAAAUUGUACACAGACAAAGGGUGGAAGCUUUUUAAUAAAAAGAAAUUGCAUUUAUAAAUGAUCUGUAUUAGAAUAUAAGAAAUCUCCAGUUAUAGACAAUUACUACCCAUGUUGUACAACAGAUACCUUCUAUUUUAGUUGCUAAUAAAGGGCUACACAACUCAAAA